UUUCAGAAGCCGAUCCACCAACGACAAUGUCUGGGCGACACGAGAAAGAGAAGGGUGUUAACGUUCAGGUCCUCCUUCGUUGCAGACCCUUUAGCGACGAAGAGUUACGAACCAAUGCUCCUCAAGUUGUUACCUGCAACGAAUACAACAGAGAAGUUGCUGUUUCUCAGAGCAUUGCCGGCAAGCACAUCGACAGGGUUUUCACCUUCGAUAAGGUUUUUGGUCCUUCUGCGCAGCAAAAGGAUCUUUAUGAACAAGCUGUUACUCCAAUAGUUAAUGAAGUUUUAGAGGGUUUUAAUUGUACUAUAUUUGCGUAUGGUCAAACUGGUACGGGGAAAACUUACACAAUGGAAGGGGAAUGCAAAAGGUCCAAGAGUGGUCCCAAUGGAGAGUUGCCUCCAGAAGCAGGGGUAAUUCCUAGGGCUGUUAAGCAAAUUUUUGACACACUUGAGAGUCAGAAUGCAGAGUAUAGUGUGAAAGUCACUUUUUUGGAAUUGUAUAACGAAGAGAUCACUGAUUUGCUUGCCCCAGAGGAGAUAUCGAAGGUUUCUUUGGAGGAGAAGCAAAAGAAGCAGCUUCCUCUUAUGGAGGAUGGUAAAGGUGGAGUUCUUGUAAGGGGAUUGGAGGAGGAGAUUGUGACGAGUGCUAAUGAGAUUUUUACUCUUCUUGAAAGAGGGUCUUCCAAAAGACGAACUGCGGAAACUUUGCUGAAUAAACAGUCAAGUCGAUCACAUUCGCUGUUUUCAAUUACAAUCCACAUCAAGGAAGCAACCCCAGAGGGUGAAGAACUAAUAAAAUGUGGAAAACUUAAUUUGGUGGAUCUAGCUGGAUCAGAAAACAUUUCUCGUUCCGGUGCUAGGGAGGGUCGUGCAAGGGAAGCUGGGGAAAUUAACAAAAGUUUGCUUACUUUAGGGCGAGUGAUCAAUGCGCUGGUGGAGCAUCUGGGUCAUGUUCCUUACAGGGAUAGUAAGUUGACUCGUUUACUACGUGAUUCACUUGGCGGAAGAACCAAAACAUGCAUCAUAGCGACAGUGUCUCCUGCUGUUCAUUGCUUAGAGGAAACUUUGAGCACACUGGAUUAUGCACACAGGGCAAAGCACAUAAAAAAUAAGCCCGAGGUUAACCAAAAAAUGAUGAAAUCAACACUUAUCAAGGAUCUUUAUGGUGAAAUUGAACGCCUUAAGGCAGAGGUUUAUGCUACACGCGAGAAAAAUGGAGUCUAUAUUCCAAAGGAAAGAUACUAUCAAGAGGAGAGUGAGAAGAAGGCUAUGUCAGAUCAAAUUGAGCAGAUGGGGAUCACAAUAGAAACUCAACAGAAGCAAUUUGAGGAUUUGCAAAACAAAUACGUUGAUCAAGUUCGGCAGUGCUCUGAUUUGAGCAACAAACUUGAUACUACUGAGAAAAGCUUACACAAGACUAGCAAGUUGCUUGCUAACACAGAGGAAGAAUUGAACAAAUGUCAGUAUACGCUGAAAGAAAAAGACUUCAUCAUUUCUGAGCAGAGAAAAGCAGAAAAUGCUCUGGCUCAUCAAGCAUGUGUUUUAAGAGCUGAUUUGGAAAAAGCUCUUCAGGAUAACGCUUCAUUAUUUUUGAAAAUUGGUAGAGAAGAUAGAUUGAACUCAGAUAACAGAGCUGUGGUGAACAAUUUUCAAGCGGAGCUCUCUCAGCAGGUUGGUUCACUUUGCAACACUGUUGCAACAUCGUUGUCUGAACAGAAUGAAAAUCUAAAAGGCGUGGAGAAGCUCUGCCAUUCUUUUUUGGACAUUCACGAUGAGGCGGUUAUUGAUUUGAAAAAGAAAGUGGCUGCUCUAAGAGCCUUGUAUAUAUCUCAUAUAGAGGCAGUGCAAAAUGUUGUGCGCUUGCAUAAGGCUAGCUCCGAUGCUACCUUGGAGGAACUGUCAUCUGUUAUAUCGUCUAAUGGUCAUUCUAUUGAAGAAUUUCUUGCAUCCGAGACCACCGAAGCGGGUUCAAUAUUUGAUGAUCUUCAGAGUUCUCUUUCUACUCAGCAGGGUGAAUUGGCACUUUUUGCUCGGGAACUACGCCAUAGAUUCAAUCUCAGUGUUGAGCAAAUAAACGAUAUCUCUCAGCGCUCUGAAGAAUUUGUGAAUAAGCUUUCCGAAGAAUCAAAAAAGCUUGAAGACUACGCAUCACAAGCUGACCAAAUGCAGAUAAGGAGCAUUGAUGAGUUUAGGAAAGCUUACGAGGAGCAAUCAAGAUGUGAUACAGAGAAACUUAUUGCUGAUAUGACUAAUUUGGUCUCUGAUCACAUUCGUCGACAAAUGGAUUUGGUAGACGCAAAGCUUGUUGAUUUUAGAGAGAGUGGCAUCAGGAACAAGUCAUUCUUGGAUGUACACGUGUCAUCGAUGGGAGAUAUUGUAACCCAUGCAAAAAGGAAAUGGCAGGCCUUUUGCGUGCAAGCAGAAAAAGAUGCGAAAGACACUGCUGAUUAUUCUGCAGCAAAGCAUUGUCGUAUGGAGGGACUCAUGCAGCAGAGUGUUAAUACUGCUCAAUCGGCUUUUGAACAUGCAAAGAAGACACACGAUGCUGUAAAUGCGAUGGGAACCAAACACAUUUUAGCAGCAGAGUCACUUAUCAGGAAUGCCACUGAUAGCAAUUUUCAACAUGUCAUUGAGGUCAAUUCUACACGGUCUGCAGCAGAGGAAGAUGUGGCAAAGAACAGUGAUGAUUUUCUUGAGCAGUUCGAUGUCACGGCUGCACAAGAGCGGGAGUCCAUUAGUGGCGUGUUAAAUAUGGUGAGAACUCAUGCAAAUGCACUCGAGACGUUAAGAGAGGAUCAUACUGGCCAAGCUGCUUCCAUUGAACACAGGGCUUGCGACACUUUUCAACAGCAUUACAGGGACUAUGAGCCUAGCGGUACAACACCAAUAAGAAGUGAGCCUGAUGUUCCCACGAAAGUAACUAUAGAGUCUCUUCGAUCUUUGCCAAUGGAAGCCCUUCUUGAGGAAUUCCGGGAAAAUAAUCCAUAUGAACAUGAAUGUUCUGAUGUAAAGGAGUUGAAACCAUCGCUUAUUCCACGUUCUCCUCUUAGCCAGCUGAAUUAGUGGUGGUAGGAACUUGCUCUGUUGGGUCCUUUCAUGUAGUCAAAUUUGUAUUUCUAUUUGUACCAUCACAUUGCUUUUGUUACCAUCAAUUGUCCGAAGAAUGCAUCACUGGUUGAUAGGAUGUAACGUGACAUCUAGGGCAAAGUACUCCUGUAAUCCCACCUUGGGAUGAAAUAUAGAUUAAAUAAUGUUUAUU